AUAAUUCCCUCCCACUGUUUUCUUCUCAUGUUUCUCUUUUCUGUGCUGUUGCACAACUCCGUUGUUUUCAUCUUAGUGGUUCUGUCACAGACACAUGCAGUUAUGGUGGAGGAUCAACCAGCAGGAAGCGUACCAGAGGCCAUCACGACCGUGACGGGCGGAAGUAAACCUUUGCACCGCUUCCUCAGAGGACAACCCAAGAGUAUCGGAGUGGUGCUGGUGAUGAUGGGUAUAGGUCUAUUCAUGUUUGCAAUUCCUAUGAAUGUGAAAUCAGAUGCGCCCAUCUCAGCAGAGCAGUUCACCCCAUUCUGGCUUGGGAUCUUGUUCUUUAUCUGUGGCCUUCUGUAUAUACUGUCUGAGCGCAACCCAUCCAAGAAGAUAAUCACAGCCAGUCUUGCUCUGAGUAUCAUCUCAGUCAUUGGAGUGCUGUCUUCUUUGGUGGAAUUCUCCAGAGCAAUUAUUGGAGCCGAUCAAAUAUACUGGUCUAUGAGACUGACACAUGAGACUGAUACAAAUGAGACUGACACAGAGGAGGAGGACAUUUAUAUUGAACAACAUUAUAUGCCCAUCAAAAGCAUGGAGCUAGUGUUCUUCUGUCACAGCUUGAUAGGCGGCAUUCUGCUUGUAACCAUGACGAUCUUCGCCAGGGCAGCGCUGCGAUCCAGCAGGACUCAGGUUGUUGUUGUAAUGCGGGACCUGCCCUCCGCAGAGUGAACCAACCAAAAUCAUCUGAAGAUCCUCCUUUGUGUAUGUGAAGAGGAACUGACAACACAUCAGAAUAUUUCACUAAUAAUCAACUGUUUAAAAUGAUCAUUAAAAUGGCAUAACAUAACAUAAAAACAGCAUUCAGAGCGUAGGGACAUUUAUCAUUUGUAAACUUAUAUUUGAGCUAGCUUUAUUAUUUUAUUAUAACCGGGCAUUAAUACUUUUUUCAAUUAUUGUUAUACUACUAUAUUACUUUGUUAUGGCAGUCCUUUUU